AUGGUCUUCGGUAUCGGCAAGAAGAAAAGCAGGAGGCAACUCGCCUCGUCUUCGGCAGCAGCGGCGGGCCCUUCAACCGGCGAAGUACAACCUCAAGUUCCAGAGGUGCCCGAUGUGCAGAAGCGCGCAUCCUCUCGACCUGCGAAGGGUGCAGCUCCGAAGGACGACGACGAGGACGAUGAGCCUUUGCCGCCAGCCUCGCACAAGUACGGCAACGAUAUUUCCAAAGUCGUUGUCGACAUUGCCGGGCUCCCCGUCAACGUGUUUGGUCUGAACGAGCUCACACCCGCUCCAUCUCGGGCUAGUGCACCACCACCGCCUCCGGUCUGUCUGAUCAUCCACAUGCAUGGGCGAGGCGGUUCUGCCGACAACGAGGAGAAGAUUGUCCGUCAACUCUACGACCGCAUCUCGCGCGACAAGGUGGCUCAUCAGAACGAGCAGAACGAGGGCCUCGUCGCGACCUCGUCGAUACAGCGCGAUCACCUCGUCGUGAGCUUCGACGCUCGCAAUCAUGGACAGCGUACAACCAAUCCUCAAGGUCAGAAAGCGUGGAAGCAGGGCAACACGCGUCAUGCCAUGGACCUCUACGGAAUGAUCGUGGGUGAUGCACGCGAUGCCUCGUUCCUCGUCGACUUCCUCCCUGCCUACCUCUUCCCGCAGGAUGACAGGACGGUUGCCGAAUUCGUCAUCACAGGCAAGUCGCUGGGUGGGCAUGCGACCUGGCACGUCCUCGCCAACGACCCACGCAUCAAGAUCGGUGUUCCUUUCAUCGGCAUGCCUGACUUUUCGCGGCUGUUGAACUCGCGCACCAAGACAUCGUUUGUGACCAACGGCCCACCAUACGUGCCGUCCAGCCUGAAAGCGCUCGUUGCGCAGAUCGAUCCAGCCAACACGGCUUACGACAGCUUCGAUGCACGAAAGAAUCCCUUCUGGGGCAAGAAGAUCUGCGUGCUCAGCGGUGCCAACGACAAGCUGGUGCACUGGGACUGGAACGAAGACUUCUUGAAGGGACUCGUGGUGGGCGAGCCAACAGGGAACCGAGGCGAGAUGCCAGGGUUGAAAAUUCAUCGCAGACCAGGCGUGGGUCACGAAGUCACGGAAGAUAUGGUAGAGGAGGCAGGCGAGUGGAUUUGGAGGUGGGGCGUGCUGGCGCCUCUUUAG